AGAAUGGCUCGCUUUGGAGACGAUCUACCUACUCGCUAUGGAGGUCCAUCGGGCGCAGGGAGAGGGGGAGCCCGAGCGGGAGGCCCCCCAGGCGGCCAAAGGAUGUACAAGCAGUCGAUGGCUCAGAGAGCCAGGACAAUGGCUUUGUACAACCCCAAACAAACCAAACAGAACUGCUUUACUGUCAACCGAUCCUUGUUCAUCUUUAGCGAGGACAAUGUCAUAAGGAAGUACGCCAAGAGAAUAACCGAGUGGCCUCCAUUUGAGUAUAUGAUCCUUGCCACCAUUAUUGCUAACUGCAUCGUUUUGGCUCUGGAACAACAUCUGCCUGAGGAUGACAAGACACCCCUUUCAGAACGCCUGGACGACACAGAGCCCUACUUUAUUGGAAUAUUCUGUUUCGAGGCCGGCAUUAAGAUAAUUGCCCUGGGGUUUGUCUUUCACAAAGGCUCCUACCUCCGCAAUGGCUGGAAUGUAAUGGACUUUGUGGUAGUUCUCACUGGGAUUUUGGCCAAAGUUGGUUCGGACUUUGACUUGAGGACGUUGAGGGCAGUUCGAGUGCUCAGACCACUGAAACUAGUGUCGGGAAUACCCAGCCUUCAGGUGGUGUUGAAAUCUAUAAUGAAAGCAAUGGUACCACUGCUCCAGAUUGGCUUACUGCUGUUCUUUGCUAUUGUCAUGUUUGCCAUCAUUGGUCUGGAGUUCUACAUGGGAAGGUUCCACACCAAUUGCUACAAAAAUGGCACAGACAAGCCACUCUUAGAUCAUCCGUGUGGCAAAGACCCGCCCUCUUACGUGUGUGAUAACGGAACAGACUGCAGAGAUGGGUGGAUCGGACCCAACUCUGGCAUCACCAACUUUGACAACAUCCUGUUCGCUAUUCUUACUGUCUUCCAGUGCAUCACAAUGGAGGGAUGGGUAGAUAUUUUAUACCACGCCAACGACGUUUAUGGGAACACCUGGAAUUGGCUCUACUUCAUUCCCCUCAUCAUCAUCGGCUCCUUCUUCAUGCUCAACCUGGUCCUGGGAGUUUUGUCGGGGGAGUUUGCCAAAGAGAGAGAACGUGUGGAGAAGAGGCAGGAGUUCCUUAAGCUCAGAAGACAGCAACAGAUUGAGAGAGAGCUCACCGGAUACCUGGAGUGGAUCUGUAAAGCAGAGGAGGUGCUGCUGGCAGAGGAGGACCUGAAUGCGGAGGAGAAGUCUCCACUCGAUGGUGCGUGGUACAAGAGGAAACAGAAUAACUCAGUGCUGAAAAGAGCCAAAGUCAGGAAGGGUAAGAAUGACCUCAUCAGUGCAGAGGAAGGGGAGGAGCCCUUCACAGACAUUUCCUCUGUCGCACCCCCUGGGUCACCGUUUGCCAGAGCCAGCCUGAAAAGCAGCAGAAACGACAGCUCCUCGUAUUUUCGCCGGAAAGAAAAAAGGGCCCGUUUCUUCAUUCGGCGAAUGGUGAAGGCCCAGAGCUUCUACUGGUUUGUGUUGUGUGUGGUGGGCCUGAACACACUAUGUGUGGCCAUAGUACACCACAAACAACCUGAAUGGCUCACUAAGGCGCUGUAUCUGGCGGAGUUUGUGUUCUUGGGCCUCUUCCUGACAGAGAUGACCCUGAAGAUGUACGGCUUAGGACCCAGGAACUACUUCCACUCCUCUUUCAACUGCUUUGACUUUGGGGUGAUUUUGGGGAGUAUUUUUGAAGUGGUGUGGGCUGCAGUCCACCCAGGAGCCUCGUUGGGAAUCAGUGUUCUCAGGGCCUUGCGCCUGCUUCGCAUCUUUAAAGUCACAAAAUACUGGAACUCUCUGAGGAAUCUGGUGGUGUCUCUACUCAACUCCAUGAAGUCCAUCAUCAGCUUGCUGUUUCUGCUCUUCCUUUUUAUAGUUGUCUUUGCUCUGCUGGGCAUGCAACUCUUUGGAGGACAGUUUAAUACUGAGAAGGAAACACCUACCACAAACUUCGACAGUUUUCCUGCCGCCAUAAUGACUGUCUUCCAGAUUCUGACAGGAGAGGACUGGAAUGCUGUGAUGUAUCUUGGUAUCGAGUCCCAGGGUGGAGUGCGUCUCGGAAUGUUCUCCUCUGUGUACUUCAUUUUCCUCACUCUUUUUGGAAACUACACUCUGCUCAAUGUAUUUUUGGCUAUCGCCGUUGACAACCUCGCUAAUGCUCAGGAACUAACAAAGGAUGAGGAGGAGCAGGAGGAGGCGGCCACUAAAAAGCUCGCUCUGCAGAAAGCGAUGGAAGUGAAGGAGGUCAGCCCAAUGUCUGCUGCCAACAUCUCCAUCGCAGCUUUUGUAAAGCAAAAUCGAGAUGCACUCUCUCGCAGCUCGUCCGUCUGCAGCGUUCAUUCACCAAAGGAGCAGCAGAGAUCUCAGAAGAUGAUGUCUGUAUGGGAGCAGCGCACCACUCAACUGCGAAGACACAACAUUCGUGCCAGUAGCGAGGCUCUGUACAACGAACUGGAACCAGAGGAGCGUCUGCGCGUGUCGAACGCGCUGCACCUGCGGCCUGACAUGAAGACCCACCUGGAUCGGCCUUUGGUCGUGGAGCCCGCUGAUGGAGAAAAGCCCAAAACACCUGGCGAGAAGAGAGGGGAAAACGAGGGUCAGGACGAGACUCUUCCUCCUUCGUCAUCCUCAUCUUCACACCCACGCAAACACCACCGGCACCGCGAUAGGUCGGCCAACGAGAACGGCGACGCGAGCGAGGGAAAGACGGGAAGGCACCACACGCAUCACAGCCGAAGCCGCGAUCACCAUAAUGGGCAGCGGGGGAGAGAGGGAGCGCUACAACGAAGCUACAGUCAGGAUGGCGGAGGGCAUCUUUAUUACCAGAGUGGCUCUCCAGAGGAAGGGGGAGAGGAGAGAGACCACCAUCAUCAUCAUUCCCACCGUCUGUCUAAAGACGAUAACGGUAAUGGUACCAUCGCUAACGGUGCCAAGGGUGAAAGAAGGACACGUGGGCACAGGGAGGGGGAGAUUGGUAAUGGAGAGAGAAGGAGGCACCGGACGCGUCUGGCCAGAGCCCAAAGCACGAUGGAUGGAGAUGAGAACAGAGAGACUGGAGACAGAGAGGGAGUCAGACCUACUGGACACAGGGAUAAACUGACUGAGGUUGAAGGUGAUGGCUCAGCGACCACCCCACUGCAGUCCCCCACUGCCUUGUUAACAGAAGAGAAGUCAGAGGACACAGAUAACUUAAAAAACAGCAGCAGAAUUGGUACCACGGGAAUCAACAUCCCUGUGACCCUUACUGCACCACCAGGAGACACCACCAUCAUCUCCAUGAAUAAUAUUGAUGGCGAGAGUCUUCUUUUGAAUGAAGAGAAGAAAGACCUGGAUGAUGUGAACCAGAAUGGUCCCAAGCACAUCUUACCUUACAGCUCCAUGUUUGUUUUCAGUCAGACGAACCCUGUGCGACGGCUGUGUCACUACAUUGUAAAUCUACGCUAUUUUGAGAUGUGCAUCCUAAUUGUCAUUACCAUGAGCAGCAUCACACUGGCUGCUGAGGACCCAGUUCAUGCCGAUGCCACACGCAAUAAUGUGCUGAAAUACCUAGAUUAUGUUUUCACGGGUGUGUUCACUUUUGAGAUGGUAAUAAAGAUGAUUGAUUUAGGGCUACUACUGCACCCUGGAUCCUAUUUCAGGGACCUGUGGAACAUUUUGGACUUCAUUGUUGUCAGUGGUGCACUGGUGGCUUUUGCCUGCUCGAGCUUCAUGGGAUCGCAACAAAGUGUGACCAGAGGGACCAAAGGGAAGGAUAUCAAUACCAUUAAGUCUCUCAGGGUUCUGCGAGUCCUGCGACCUCUGAAGACCAUCAAACGACUGCCCAAACUCAAGGCUGUGUUUGACUGUGUGGUGAACUCUCUGAAGAACGUGCUAAACAUCCUCAUCGUCUAUUUCCUCUUUAUGUUCAUCUUUGCUGUCAUUGCUGUACAACUCUUCAAGGGCAAAUUCUUCUACUGUACAGAUGAAUCAAAGGAACUGAUGUCGGACUGCAAGGGUGAUUAUCUGGAAUAUGACGAUGAUUAUGUUGUAUCUGCAAAAAAGCCACGGGUGUGGAAGAAAUAUGAAUUUCACUAUGACAACGUGCUCUGGGCGUUUCUCACCCUGUUCACUGUAUCUACUGGGGAGGGCUGGCCAAUGGUGCUGAAACACUCAGUUGACGCCACAUAUGAGGACCACGGUCCUAGUCCAGGUUUCAGAAUGGAGACCUCCAUCUUCUACGUAGUCUAUUUUGUCGUCUUCCCUUUUUUCUUUGUCAACAUUUUUGUGGCUUUGAUCAUCAUCACGUUCCAGGAGCAAGGGGAUAAAGCCAUGUCUGAAUGCAGUCUGGAGAAAAAUGAGCGGGCAUGUAUAGACUUUGCCAUCAAUGCUAAGCCGCUGACUCGUUACAUGCCCAACAACAAGCAGUCGUACCAGUACAAAGUGUGGAAGUUUGUGGUGUCCACGCCCUUUGAAUAUUCCAUCAUGACUAUGAUAGCCCUCAACACCGUGGUCCUUAUGAUGAAGUUCCAUGGUGCCUCAACGGCCUACGAAGACAUGCUGAAGUACCUCAACAUCAUCUUCACUGCGCUCUUCUCAUUGGAGUGUAUUUUUAAGGUCAUUGCCUUUGGGCCUCUGAACUACAUGAAGGACCCCUGGAAUGUGUUUGACUUUGUCACUGUGCUAGGAAGCAUCACAGACAUCCUGGUCACAGAAAUUAAAUUGGACAAAUGGAUUAACCUGAGUUUCCUGCGGCUGUUCAGAGCUGCUCGGCUCAUCAAACUCCUGAGGCAGGGUUACACCAUCCGCAUCUUGCUCUGGACUUUUGUACAGUCAUUUAAGGCUCUGCCCUACGUUUGCCUGCUCAUCGCUAUGCUCUUCUUCAUCUACGCCAUCAUCGGGAUGCAGGUGUUUGGAAACAUCGAGUUGAAUGAUGACACGGGAAUUAAUCGCCACAAUAAUUUUCAAACUUUCUUUCAAGCCCUUACGCUGUUGUUCAGGAGUGCCACUGGAGAGGCGUGGCAUGAAAUCAUGUUAGCAUGUUUGGGUGGCAAGAAGUGUGUGGAAACCCAAGGCUCUGAGAACGACUGUGGAAGUGACUUUGCCUAUUUCUACUUCGUCUCCUUCAUUUUCCUCUGCUCUUUCCUGAUGCUGAAUCUUUUUGUUGCGGUAAUCAUGGACAACUUUGAGUACUUGACCAGAGACGCUUCCAUUCUGGGGCCACACCACCUGGAUGAGUACAUCCGUGUCUGGGCAGACUACGACCCUGCCGCCUGUGGCCGCAUUACCUACCUCGAUAUGUAUGAGAUGCUUCGCCACAUGUCCCCACCCCUGGGUUUGGGAAAGAAAUGCCCACCCAGAAUCGCCUACAAGCGAUUGGUGAGGAUGAACAUGCCCAUUGCCUCUGAUAACACAGUGCAGUUCACUUCCAUCUUAAUGGCUCUGAUACGCACUGCGUUGGAGAUAAAGCUGGCAUCAGGAGUCCUUGCUCAGCGCUUGUGUGACGCUGACUUAAGGAGAGAGAUCAACAAGGUUUGGCCUAACUUGUCCUCGAAGACCGUGGACUUACUCGUGCCUCCACAUAAAUACAAUGAGCUGACGGUGGGGAAGGUGUAUGCCGCCCUGAUGAUAUUUGACUACUACAAACAGAACCGGGCCAAGAGGCUCCAACAGCAGCAACCGCAGGGCCCUCAGAAUAAAACUCUCUUCAAACCGAUGCUGCCACUCACACACAUUCACGAAUACGAGCCACCAAAACCUCCACCGUCCUCACAGGCUGACGCGGCUUCACAGCCUGAGCCCCCACCCACUACAAGCCUGACCAAUGGGGAAGCAGUAUUGAGCCAGGGCAGUGCAAUGAAAAAAUCUCCCUCAGGAGACAUGCCUCAGGAAGCACUGCAGCAGAGGAGCAGGAUGAGUAUCCAGAGGGGCCAAUCAGAAGAUGUGCCAAACUCAGCCAAAUCUCAGGAAUUAGUGGAGAUGACAGAGAUGGAGAAUGACUCUGAUGUAGGGGGCUACUCUACAUUGGACGGUCAUGGACGGGCUGCUUCCAUGCCCAGGCUCAAUGCUGAGUUUCAGCGGAGCCACUUACGCCACACCACCGGGACCUACUUAGCACCCAUCGCUGAUAUUAGCCCAAUACGGAGGUCUGCGUCCUCGUUGACCCCUCAGAGGAGGCCAGAGAUCAAUCUGAGGGAGUAUGCAUUGGAGCGGGUGCCGCCACCUGACCAACAAGACACGCAGGCCGGCAGCCAGCCCCCCGUCCAGGACAGAGUUCACCACCAUCACCAUCACCACCGCUGUCACCGCCGCAGAGACAAAAAGCACAAAUCACUGGACAGGGCCAUCAGUGAGCAGCAGGAAGAUACUGAGGGCACGGCAGGAGAAACGGAGACAACAUCGAGAGAGCGAGCUCGGGAACGUGACCGCGGCCGGUCUCACGAGAGGAAGCACCACUCUUCAUCAGCGGUGGACAGGAAGCAGCGUUACUAUUCGUGCGAGCGUUACGGUAGCCACGAACACUGCCACACCAAAUCAGCCGGCCCCAGCCGCUCCACCUCUCCCACAGAGCUCCACGAUCCCACUCGACUCAAACAGCAGGGCAGUGGCUCUGCUAAGGGCAGUCCAGUCAUUCUGACCUCAGGUGCCAGCACACCCUGCCGUGGGCGAAGGCAGCUCCCACAGACCCCGCUGACCCCUCGUCCCGCAGUGGCCUACAAAACUGCCAACUCCUCCCCAGUACAGUUCACCACGGCUCGCUCCACUGGACCCAGUCUCUCUCGCCUCAGCCGCGGGCUAUCAGAGCAUGACGCGCUCUUGGGUGGUGACACCCAGUCCCCCGUGCCUGUUACUCGGAUCGGCUCCGACCCGAACCUCGGCCCCCUGGGACGGGACCAUGUGCCGGAGGAAUCGGAUCAUUUCCAGGAUGCUUUAAGCUCCCACGUUAUGGGGCGUUCCCCCCGGACCGUGAGCUCUACCCCGCACUCGGUGGCAGGGACGACGUCCUCCACGUUGCCCCAGCAGAGCCGAAGCGGAGUGCCAAACGGAUACCAUUUCGCCCUGGGACUGAGUGCAGCGCCAGGCUCCAGUGCCAGGGGGACAGACAGUUACCAGGAGUCCGAAAAAGAUGACUGGUGUUAG